GCAGGGUUGCCACCCGAGCGCCCCCAGGACCACAAAAUUGACCUGGAACCCGACGCGCAGCCUACAGUCAGGACCCAGUGGUGGCUGACUCAGCCCGAGCUCACGGAAUUGCGGAGCCAAUUGGACUACCUCUUGGAGAAGGGGUUCAUUAGGCCCAGCACGUCCCCGUUCGCAGCACCAAUCCUGUUCACGCCUAAGAAAGACGGCGGGCUGCGAAUGUGCAUCGACUACAGGGCGCUGAAUCGGCGAACCAUUAAGUCUCGCUACCUAAUCCCACGCGCGGACGAUCUUCUCGAUCAACUUCGCGGAGCUCGCUUCUUCUCGGAAAUCGUCUUACGCGGCGGUUACCAUCAGAUCCGAGUCUUUGCUGACGACUGCCACAAGACAGCGUUCCGAACCAGCUAUGGCAGCUACGAGUACACAGUGAUGCCGUUUGGCCUCACGAACGCGCCCUCCACUUUCCAACUCACCAUGAACGGCGCAUUCCGAGAUCUACUCGACAAGUGUGUCAUCGUCUAUCUUGAUGACAUUCUAAUCUACAGCAAGACACAGGAACAGCACCUCAAGGACCUCGCGCAAGUUUUCCAGCAGCUGCAAGAAAACCGGCUCAUCACGAAGGGCUCAAAGUGCGAGUUCCUAAAAUCCGAACUGGAAUUUUUGGAAUUUUUUUACGACCGGAAGCCGCCGACGAAUUUACAGGAGCUGCAGAGUUUUCUUGGGUUACAGACCGCUUUCAACAAACUGCGAAAUUUUCUGACGUCGCCCCCGGUCCUCCGAACCGCCGACCCAUCUCGACCGUUCGAAGUCUGGACGGACGCUAGCGAUUUCGCCAUCAGUGCAAUACUGUUACAAGAUUUCGGCGAAGGACUCCAACCCAUCGCGUAUGAGUCUAGGAAGUUGCAGGCAGCCGAGCGCAACUACCCCGUCCACGACAAAGAAAUGCUCGCCAUCGUGCACGCAUUCAAGGUGUGGCGAUGCUACCUGACGGGAGCCGACGUGACAGUACGGACAGACCAUAAAUCCCUACAGUACCUCCGCGCGCAGCCAAACCUCAAUCCACGGCAGAUUCGCUGGCUGGACUUCCUCGAAAGCAACUUCCACUACACCAUCACGUACAAACGUGGGGCGAAUAACAUCGCAGAUGCACUGACAAGACCAUCCGCCCACCUCGCCUCCAUCAUCCGGCCGGCUGGACUGCUCCAACCACUCGAGCCACCCCAGCGGCCGUGGCAACACGUGACGAUGGACUUCGUCACGGGACUUCCGGCAACCGAAACGGGCAACGACGCCGUCCUCGUCGUUGUUGAUCGUCUGACGAAGAUGGCGCAUUUUGCACCCUGUCGCACAACAAUCACAGCCGAAGAUACAGCGAAACUUUUCAUCUCCACCGUUGUUCGUUUACACGGCUUACCAUCCGCGAUCAUCAGCGACCGCGACCCAAAAUUCACGUCCGAUUUCUGGCAAGAGACAUGGGCACAGUACGGCACACGCCUCCAAUUCUCCUUCGCCUACCAUCCUCCAACUGACGGCCAGACCGAGCGAACCAACCAAACCAUGGAGCAGCUGAUACGCACCAACUGCCCCGAUCCUGCCCGGUGGGAAGAAUUCCUGCCCAUGCUGGAAUUUUCCUACAACAAUGCCCCAUCGGCUACGACAAAUCCCUCGCCGUUUUUCCUAAACUACGGGAUGGAUCCGAUCGUCCCGGCGACUACCCACAUUGACAACCCGUACUCUUCACACCGAAAACCGGACGGAAGCCUGCGCAUGUGCAUCGACUACCGAGCUCUUAACAAGCAGACCAUCAAGAAUAAAUAUCCGAUACCGCGAAUCGAUGACCUGCUUGACCAGCUUUGGGGAGCUACGGUAUUUUCCAAACUGGAUCUGCGGUCCGGAUACUGGCAGAUACGCAUGGCGGACAACUCUAUCCACAAAACUGCUUUCCGAACUCGGUACGGAUCGUACGAGUAUUUGGUAAUGCCGUUCGGACUCACCAACGCACCGGCAACGUUCCAAGCCGAAAUGAACCACAUUCUACGACCACUUUUGGACGAAUGCGUGGUGGUGUACCUGGACGACAUACUCAUCUACUCGCGCGACAUGAAGCAGCACGUCGAACACCUGCGACGCGUCUUCGAAAUUCUUCGACGAGAACGAUUCUACGUCAAACUGCCCAAGAGCGAAUUCGCCCUUGAGAAGGUCCAGUUCCUAGGACACAUGGUGAGCGCUCAAGGAGUUCACGUCGACCCCAAGAAAAUCGAGGCCGUACGCACGUGGAAGACACCUGAGAACGCAAAAAUCGCAGCACCACUCACGAAUCAGCUGAAGAAGAACACACCCUACAAAUGGGAGCCGAAGCACCAGGAAGCCGUGGAGCAGCUGAAGCAAGCACUUACGUCCGCACCGGUACUCAUUUUGCCAGAUCCUGAACACGACUACGUCAUCGAAACUGACGCCAGUGACCAAGCAGUGGGAGCAGUCUUGAUGCAAGAUCAAGGGAAUGGACUGCAACCAAUUGCUUACCUAAGCAAAAAACUGCACGGGGCAGAACUAAACUACCCGAUACACGACAAAGAGGCCCUUGCUAUCGUUAUCGCCUUCAAAGCGUGGAGAUGCUAUCUCGAAGGACGAAGAACAACCGUCUACACCGACCACUGCAGCCUGAAAUACUUGAAGACACAACCCAACCUCUUCAGGCGGCAGGUCCGGUGGAUCGACUUCCUCGAGACACACUUCCACUACGACAUCGUGUACAAGCCCGGUCACAAGAACAAAGCAGACACUCUCAGCCGGCCUGCACACGUUGCCGCUAUUCAGGUCGAAGGGAUGAAUCCACUACUCAAGGGACUCUUCACACACGGUUACUACUCGAAGAAUACCACGACGUCAUGUACGCCGGACACUUCGGGUAGCAACAAGACGCUGACCGGUAUCGCAAAGCACUACUACUGGCCCCACUUGGCAGAAGAUGUACAGAAAUUCGUCACCUCGUGUGAUACAUGUCAGCGGAUGAAGAGUACCAAGCAGAAAAAGGCGGGACUACUGCAGCCCCUUCCUGUCCCAAAACAACCACGGCAAUGGUUAGCCUGGACUUCAUCACCGGGUUACCACCUACCUCCAGCGGUCAUGACGCCAUCCUUGUCGUCAUUAACAAGUUCUCCAAAAUGGGACACUUCAUCCCGACACACACGACAGCACGCACCGAAGAAACAGCACAACUCUUUGUUCGAUACAAUCAUCUCACAGCAUGGCAUUCCAACCACACUCAUCUCCGACCGAGACCCUAAGUUCACCAGCAAGUUCUGGAAGGAACUUAUGUCUCUCCUCGUAACCAAACUCGCCAUGUCAUCUGCUUACCAUCCGCAGACAGACGGACAGACCGGAGCGCCUCAACCAAAUUGUUGAGCAACUCCUCCGAGCAGCUUGCAAGGACG